CUUCCUGUCCCCGCGGCUCUGUGUCCCCUGCUAGCCGUAGGCCGUGUGACCCGCAGGCACCGGGAGAUCCAGAAGUGAAACGCCAGGCUCUCUGGAGGCCAGGAGAUGGCACAGACACCUUACCAGAAUGUCUUUGGUUUGAGGUUCCACUUUGGAAACUUGACAGGGUGAUUUGCUCUCAGCCACCCUCUGGACUUUUUCCUCAGUUUCAGUAUUGUCCAGGGAUAACACAGGAUGCCCACCAUGGCCAUGUCUGCUGGAGCAUCUAGUGAAUUUCAGGCCCUGGGUUAUUUCUCAGAGGACAGCCUGAGGUAUGAAGUGUGGCCUCUCCAGGGAGCAGCUGGAUGCCCUGGGCUGAGAGAAAUCUCCUGGUCUACUCUUCCUCUAAAGAGGUGUGAUUUGUCCAGAGAAUCUUUCCUAAGAGGAAAUCCCAGAGAAGCAGGAGAAAGAGAAAGAAAUGGCUGGUGCUCAGACACUGUUGACGUUCAGGGAUGUGGCCAUAGAAUUCUCCCUGGAGGAGUGGAAAUGCCUGGACCUUGCUCAGCAGAAUUUGUACAGGGAUGUGAUGUUGGAGAACUACAGAAACUUGUUCUCCGUUGGUCUCACUGUCUCUAAGCCAGGCCUGAUCACCUGCCUGGAGCAACGAAAAGAGCCCUGGAAUGUGAAGAGACAGGAGGCAGCAGACGGACAUCCAGCAUCCGCAAACGUUUAGCUUGUCUUUAUAUCUUGACAAUUGUGAAUAAUGCUGCAGUGAACAUGAGGGAGCAGAUAAUUCUUCAAGAUGCUGCUUUUAUUCCCUUCAGUUAUUAUAUACACAGAAGUGUGAUUGCUGCGUUGCAGGAGAUGGGAUUUCACCAUGCUACUCAGGCUUGUCUCGAACUCCUGGGCUCAAGCGAUCUGCCUGCCUCAGCCUCCCAAAGUGCUGGGAUUACAGGUGUGAACCACCGUGCCCAGCCAGGCCUCAAUGUUUCUGUGGACAAAUUCACUGCAUUGUGCUCACCUGGGGUGCUGCAAACUGUGAAAUGGUUUUUAGAGUUCAGAUGCAUCUUCUCACUAGCUAUGUCUUCUCAUUUUACCCAAGACCUUCUGCCAGAGCAGGGCAUACAAGAUGCAUUCCCAAAAACAAUACUGAGAGGAUAUGGAAAUUGUGGCCUUGAUAAUUUAUAUUUAAGGAAAGACUGGGAAAGUUUAGAUGAGUGUAAGUUGCAAAAAGAUUAUAAUGGACUUAACCAAUGUUCAUCAACUACCCAUAGCAAAAUCUUUCAAUAUAAUAAAUAUGUUAAAAUCUUUGAUAACUUUUCAAAUUUACAUAGACGUAAUAUAAGUAAUACUGGAGAGAAACCUUUCAAAUGUCAAGAAUGUGGCAAAUCCUUUCAAAUAUUCUCAUUCCUAACUGAACAUCAGAAAAUUCACACUGGAAAAAAAUUCCAAAAAUGUGGAGAAUGUGGCAAAACCUUUAUCCAGUGCUCACACUUUACUGAACAUGAGAACAUUGACACUGGAGAGAAACCUUACAAGUGUCAAGAAUGUAACAACGUCAUUAAAACUUGCUCAGUCCUUACUAAAAAUAGAAUUUACGCCAGAGGGGAACAUUACAGAUGUGAAGAAUUUGGCAAAGUAUUUAACCAGUGCUCCCACCUUACUGAACAUGAGCAUGGUACUGAGGAAAAACCCUGCAAAUAUGAAGAGUGCAGCAGUGUCUUUAUCUCUUGCUCAAGCCUUUCUAAUCAACAGAUGAUUCUUGCUGGAGAGAAGCUCUCCAAAUGUGAAACAUGGUACAAAGGUUUUAACCACGGCCCAAAUCCUUCCAAACACCAGAGAAAUGAGAUUGGAGGGAAACCUUUCAAAUGUGAGGAAUGUGACAGCAUCUUCAAGUGGUUCUCAGACCUUACUAAACAUAAGAGAAUUCACACUGGUGAGAAACCAUACAAAUGUGACGAAUGUGGGAAAGCCUAUACACAGUCCUCACACCUCAGUGAACACAGGAGGAUUCACACCGGAGAGAAACCCUACCAAUGUGAAGAAUGUGGGAAGGUCUUCAGAACUUGCUCAAGCCUUUCUAACCAUAAGAGAACUCAUUCUGAAGAAAAACCCUACACGUGUGAAGAAUGUGGCAACAUCUUUAAGCAGUUAUCAGACCUCACUAAGCAUAAGAAAACCCAUACUGGAGAGAAACCCUACAAAUGUGACGAAUGUGGAAAAAACUUUACCCAGUCCUCCAACCUUAUUGUACAUAAGAGAAUUCAUACUGGAGAGAAACCCUACAAGUGUGAAGAAUGUGGCAGAGUCUUCAUGUGGUUCUCAGACAUUACCAAACAUAAGAAAACCCAUACUGGAGAGAAACCCUACAAAUGUGACGAAUGUGGAAAAAACUUUACCCAGUCCUCAAACCUUAUUGUACAUAAGAGAAUUCAUACUGGAGAGAAACCCUACAAGUGCGAAAAGUGUGGCAAAGCCUUCACCCAGUUCUCACACCUGACUGUACAUGAAAGCAUUCAUACUUGAGAAAAAAAUAAACAAAUAUAAAAAUAGGCAAAGCCGUAGCUGCUCGCAUCCUACUUUACAUCAGAGUUCAGACUUAAUAAAGUUAUCAUAAAUGUAAUUACUAUUGAAAGACCUUUCAUGAAAUAUAAGUCUCCAGAGCACACAAGAGUAUUUCUUCUGAAAAAAAUGUUACAAUUAUACUAGAUGGAAGACUUGCAUCAGUUGCUUAAACUUUCAGAAAAUUUGUAGAGAAACCCAACAAAUCUCAUAAAUGUGGAAUAACAUUUGUUCAAAAAUGAUAGCUUAGAAAACACUAGAGUUCAUACUAAAAGAUAUUUUGCAAAUACACUAAAUGGGAAAAAUAAGCAAAAUCCAAUUUAAGUAAACAAUGGAGGAUUUGAAGGAGAAAGGAGUAGAGCACGGACACGUUCAGAAAUGACACUGAAUCCCUGUGUUGAGUCUACAGAGACAUCUCGACUUAAAAUAGAUCAUUUAUAUUUAAGUUUAAAAGGAGGAUGAGACUGAGUUUUUGUAGAGUUAUAAUUACAUUCAAAAUAUACUUUUUUGCAUUGAAAAAAUGUUAAAUUUUUGAGAAGCAAAUAUUGAUGUCAUUGAAUUCUCAAAUCAGUAGAUACUGUGUCUUCAUUUCUAGUGCUGAUGUGAAAACACAUGGUCAGUUGUUGCUGCAUCAGAGAUAUGAGAAAUUCUUUUCUCUUAGGUGUGCAUCACUGAUAUACUUGUCCGUGAAAGGUGAAAGACACUGAAAUGUAAGAUGCGUGAGUAAAAUCUUGGUAGAGAGGC